AUGCAAUUCAGGACUGAACGUUGGAGACAGUGUGGCAAGGAUGUGGGGGUUGACGAAUCAGAAGAACGGUGUUCUGAAGAAUACUCAGCAGACAAUGCUCCUUCAUUUCGGAAGGUAACCCAGCACUCAGCUAAACGUUUACUUAUUAUUGAUGCCAUGAAUGUUAUGCACAUGAGAACAAAUCAUGCUGGCCGAACCCAAAAACAGUUAGAUUGUUUGUCGCUAUUACCAGUUAUCCGGUAUUUUGUCAGAAGAGGACAUGCGGUCGAAGUUGUUAUGCCUGAACUUUGCAUCUACAAAAAGUGCUAUAAGAAUUUUCAUAUUUGGAAGGAUCUUCGUGCUUUAAAGUUGCUAAUAUUGGUGCCUCAUAUGAUGCAUGAUGAUCUGGUUGCCCUUACAGUUGCAAGGGAUGCUUGCGGUUCUGUUAUUACAAAGGAUAAAUUUCGAGAUCAUUUAGCAUGUUUUCCACAGCUGCAUCAAGUACGUUCACGUAAUAUAAACUUAACAUUUAUCAGCAAUAUGAAAAAGCCAAUGUUUUUCACAAAUGCGGAAGGCGACAAGUUUUACGCAGGCUAUUUUAUGUGUGUAAAUUACGCGUUUGAACAGUUUUAUAGUUUGCCAGAGGACGAUGAUUAUGACCUGGUAGAAAAUGAAAAAUGGUCGGAAGAACGCAGAAUGAAAGUACUUGAACGUAUAGAUGAAAUCUACAGAUUAGCUGAGGCGCAAUAUAAGUUUGUCAAAGUAGAACGGUUGUCUAAGUAUAUGCUGUGCAACAAGCCAGUUAAAACUUCCUUCCCUAAUGGCGUAUAUGAUAAAAUAGUGAGAGGUGAAGAAGACGGAAUUGCAGAAUAUGAAAGUAUAAAAGCUUUGUUUUAUUGGCGGAGUACUGCUGAGAAGCAAGAACUGGAGUACCAGUUACAAGGACGAUGUAGUGAUGCGUACAUGCAAACUAAGAAUAAUUUGCAUAGUUUUGAUUCUUCAGUUCCUCUUUUCGUUCAUGAAAACACAAGUGACAGAAAUUCGAAAAGUAAUGGAAGCAAGUCCUCUUCUGUCAUAAUAGAAGAAAAUGCAGCUUAUAAGGAAUCCCUCACUGAAGUUACUAAUCCAUCAUAUUUGGAAAUGUGGAUAGCACAUAAAAAAGGAGAAAGAUUAUUCAAGGAUGACAAAUAUGCUGAGUCGAAAACACAUUUGUGGAAAACAUUAACUGAUGAAGUGAAAAUGGAAAGAAAAUCCUUCCAUGACUUUCUGUCAUCAUUCCAUGGUACUCUUGAGAAGGAGGUCGUACUGAAUGCUUAUUACGACCAGCUCAGUAGCUAUUCUCAGUCUGAAGAAGAAAUAACAAAUCCACUUGGCAUAGAGAAAAGGCUUAUGCAGAGAUGGUUGGUGAAUGCGUUAAACUUGGAUAGCAAAGUGCUUCAUAAUAUUUUGCGGUCAUGGGAUGAAAGUCCUUUGUUGGCUGAACGAGUUGUGGAUGCCUAUUUUGAGCAUAUAAAUGAUUGGGAAACUGGAUUCUCACAAAGUAGAAUUCUCAAUCAGUGCAAUGACUUUUAA